AUGGAUAGAAAAUGCCACAGAGUCGAGUCAGGGACGCCCAUGAGCAAUAUAAAUGACCAUUCAUCUGAGAAUAACAAAAAGGAGGUAGAUGCCAUAAAGGAAUAUGGAAAGACGUUCAAUAAGUACGCAAUGCCUGAGAAUGAUGAGAGUGAUUCAUCAAGCAUGCCUAAGACUCUGAGGAAGAGGAUGCAGGGGAUUCUAAGACGAGACAACCUAAACAACUCGCAAGGAAAGCCAGCUAUUGAGAAAAUCAAUAACGUAGCCGAGAUAUCCGAGAUUUUGAUGAACAGGGCAGUGCAAGAAAGUCUGCUUGAUGAGGGUAUUUUAGAAGAGGUUCGUGGAUGGCUGGAGCCGCUUCCUGACAGAUCUAUGCCGAACAUAAGAGUCAAGAAGAAUCUGCUGGAUGUGCUUAGAAACAUGAAGAUCCACAAAGAGCAUCUUUUACACAGUGGAAUUGGCAAAAUCGUUUAUUUCUACAGUAUCAAUCCAAAGGAAGAAAAGGAAAUCAGAGCCAUGGCAAAGCAAUUAGUACAGAAAUGGACUCAGGAGGUAUUCAAUCCUGAAUUUGACGAAUGA